UCUUUUGUUGAUCGGAUCAUCUUUCACUUUCAGCUACUUUCACAGUUCAGCAGUUUCAUUUUAUCAAUUUUUUGAAUUUAUCAUUACAUUACGAUGUUUCAUUUUUUCAGUAUCGUGGUUUGAUCAGUUUGAUGUAUUGAUUGAUGAUCGUUUGUUUUUAAAAUAAAUUGGUUUGGUGACCUGAUUUCGAUUAUAUGUGUUAGGUAUAUGAUCUUUGAAUUUUAGAAAAUUUCUGUUCUGUUCACAGUUGACCAUCAUGAGCGAUCACGUGGAAAAUAUAGAGAUGGAAGAAGAGAAAUGUGAAGAUUGUGAUGAAAUUGAAGUCCAAGAGGAAGAAUCUGAUAAUGGUGACGAAGAAGAGGAGGCAGAAUCCAAAGAUAGCGACGAAGACAGUGACGAAGAUGAAGUAGCAGAAGAAGAGGAGGAAGUAGAAGAGGAAGAAGACUAUUAUUAUCAUGGAAAAAGAGGCUGGGAUUACUAUAACGAUCACGAAUGCAAAGAGUGCAAAAAGUGCAAAAAUGAUAAAUCUUAUGCGUUUGUAACGAUAAAUCCGGUAAUUCUUACCAACGUUCCCAAAUUAAUGGAUAUGGCUUCUGUUACGGUCGCGGCUACUCUAUGGAAUCACAUCAAUAUACCCAGAGCUUUAUCCAAUGUUACUGAUAGAUGUACGAAAAGUACUACGAAAUGGAACACUCUGUGCGGAAAAGUAAUCGCUUUGAUUGAUCAAUUACCUCUUCCGAAACCUCUCGCUGAACAGAUCACCAGAUACGUACGCAUAAUGACGACCCAAAUAACCGCAUGGGUAUCCUAUCACUAUAGAACGGUGUUUUUCAAAUACGGGAUCGAUAAAUUCGUCUACAGUCUGGUUUAUCACAUUGCUUGGUAUCCUACUGGUGCGAUCAACUGCGCUCAAACAGCUAGAAAUAUGAUGACAUCGAUGAGAUUGAGCGAUGUUGAAAAAUUCAGAUUUUUGUCCGUGUAUUGUUUGAAAGAUGAAAUGGAUCGGAUGCCGACGUCGUUGUAUUCAGACAAUAUUCGCGAUUAUCCGAACUUCCAAGAAUAUCCGAUGAUUUUUUAUUGGUAUUGUUUCUAUAGAAACAAAUUGUCCAAGAUUAGCCGGACUAAUGGUUACGAUCCGGAUCUAUCUAUCGAUGUUUAUAUGCUACGUCAUACCAAAGUUGAUAAUUGGUUUGCCAAACGGUAUUUUUUCGAUCGUCUAAGCUCUGAAGACCAAGUUCAACAGGCUAUUUGGCUGAUUGACAAACAUGGCGUCGUUUACCAGAAAGCAGUGAUGUUGAAACUGAAUGAAAUGCAGCGUGAACACGUUUACAUGGAACGAGCUACGAAAAUAAUUGUGAAUUACACUCGUCCUCGUAUCAAUUCUAGAUUUAUUCUUCAGACGUGGUUCGAAGCUCGGAAUCUGAUGAACAAAGAUCAGUUUCUGACUCUUAUUCGAGAUCUGUUAAAAACAGAAAUUAAAGACGACCUUUUAACGACGAUUUGGAACAGCGCUUGCGAUGAUUUCAAACGAUAUGUAGUCGGUGUCAACGGUCAUGAAAUUGUUGGAAAAGUACUAAUAGAAUGGAAAUGGUGCAACGAUAGUGAAUUCGUAUUCGUUUUAUUACACGAUUCGAGUUCGUCGAUCAGAAAAUCAGUCACAACUAAAAAAUUUUUCAACACCUAUUGCGAAAGAUUGAUGGAGAAGAGUAAAUUUCAAGAUCUUGAUCGAUUGUUGGAAUUUUGUUUGUCUAAUGCCGACGAUUUCGCGCAGCUUAAAAUAAACCUCGUGAGUAAUUCAAGACAUGUUAGACAAGUCUGCUUCAAGUGUUAUUCUUUGGGUGACACGAAAGGUUUGAAUGAUUAUCUCAAUCAGCUUCUAGCACCUUAUCCUGAAAGCGUACUGCGAUAUAAAAAGAAUUUGCUGGAGUCGUUGGAAGGAUUCAAAAUGUGUGUUAAUCUUAUGGAUACUCGAUUUGACGUCCUGAAUGCAAUCUUGAAAGAUGGCUUGACAGUUCCGACAUCGAUAACGGAAUAUAAAAAAAAUAUGAUUUUGUCCUCUGAGGCUAUCACUAAAUUGCAGAAUUUGUUGAAGAAUAAACGUUUAGACGUCGUUCAAAUCUGCAUCAAACGUUAUCUCCUUUCAACCGAUGAUAAGAACGCUUUAAAGAAGCAAUUAGUCGGCGACGUUAUGCAACUGAUGAAUGCGAUAUUGCGUAACAGUGACGAAUCAUAUUUACAAUGUGUUUUGAUUUGGUGGUUUGGAAAUGAAGAUACCGUUCUAAAGUUCAAACGCACGUUAGACCUAGAUUCGAUUUUCCUCAAGAUGUUAAAGGAUUGUGUGUUCUACGAGUACAACAAAUUUUUGACGCAAUGCAGUUUUAAACGGUGCCAGGCCAGCGACUUCGACGUUCUCGAUCGGUUUUUAAAUUGGUAUUUCCAGUCGCCGGAUAAAGUAAAAGAGUACAGAAUGAGGAUUAUUCGUUCCUAUUCCCAGAUAGAUAUGUUCCAGACUAUAUUGAGAGGAAACCGAGGCGAUUCGCAGUUGAAAUCAAUGUUGCAAUGGUUUUUCAAAAAUGACGCCGUCGAAAUUUUUAAAUUUAAGAAGCUUGGUGGCAAAAUUACUACUAUGAUUUAAUAUUUAAGCUUUAAGCUGUUUGGUGCGUUCUACGUUGUUAGGCUAAUCGAUUUCAUGUUCUGGUGUUAACUUGUUAAGGUAUUAUUUUUGCAUGUUUGUCUUUUUUUUGUUUUUUUAAAUUGUGACUUGUGAGUGAAUUGAUUCAUGUCAAUAAUAUGAAGUCGGUACGGUAGGUAAAUCUAGAUUUCGUGUUCUGUGUGAAUAUUUUUUUGUCGAAAAUUUACUUAUAUUGAAGGUAUAUUGUCUUUCUAAAAAGUUAAAAUUUGUUUCGAUUCUUUAAAUCAAAUUAAAAUUAAAAUUACUACGAAUACAGAUGAAUUUAUUACGAAAUACAUAAUUUUGUUGUUUUGUGAA